CAAAACCCAAAACGAUCUUGUCGUACUGUCAGACUCGCUCUCUCAAAAUCACAAACUCAUCUGAUGGAAUUCAAGCUCAGAGCAGGCGACGAUCCGCCUCCUUCCUACUUCUCCUCGCAUCGCUAUUUAGCAGCUCCACCACUGCCAGUGGGGCAUACGACGAAAGAUUUCCAGCCGUUGGAUUGGCUCCAGCCUAGAGGAGAGUCGUUUACACGAGAAGCUGAGAAGGCUUGUAUUCGCAAAGAGAUUAUCAAGAAGGAGAUUCUGAGGAAUCGAGAGCUUUUUGAUGAAGUUGUGAAGGAGAUGGUAGUUGAGAGGGGGAUUGCAUUGCGGAGGCAGCCUGAUGGAUUGCCCUUUGUCGAUCGGACGGUCGCGAUGCCUUGCCUUCCGGAGGUUGGAUUUGCGGAAGGAUUGCCGGUUGUUGGUUGGUAUGGCGUUCAGGGAGGUCCUGAGAGAUUGGCGAUGAAUGGUGAGGUUCGGCCGGCGCGACCGGAGGUUGGUGAGCGAAGGAUCGUGUUCUUGGGUAAAUCGACGAUGAACCCCAAUGUUGCUGGUAGGAAGAGGAAAGCAGAAGAAGCAGCUGUGGCUGAAACUCCAUCGCCUAGUCUUAAUCAGAAAGAAACCCAGAAGGAGUGGAGUUGUGCUCUUUGUCAGGUGAGCACUACCAGCUUGCAAGGCUUGAAUGACCACCUUUGUGGCAAGAAGCACAAGUCCAAGGAAGCACAGCUGGCAGCUUCUGCGGGCCACGUGCCAAACCUUAAACUUGAGAAGCAGCAGUUAGUGAGCAGGACACAUCGGGAGCAAGUAGUGAAAAGGCAGGCAAUAGGAGGAUCUGGGGAUAAUGCAGUUAUUGAGUACUGGUGCAAAACAUGUAACAUAUGGUGCAACAGUGAGGCCGUGAUGGCUACACAUCUUAUAGGGAAGAAGCACAUGGCUAUGGUGCAUAGAGGGGGCCGUGUUGGUGGGGUUGAGGAGGUAGAGGAAGCAAUUGAAGGGAAUGUUGAUGGGAUUAUAAAGGCAGAAGAGCAGCAUCGUGAGGAAGGUAACCGGGAAUCUGUUGAAGAAGCUGAAGCAACUGUGGCAACAGGUGGAGCUGCUAGUGAUGGUAAGGUUUUUAUGUACAGCUGCAAACAGUGUAACAUAUUGUGCAACAGCGAGGCUGUGAUGGUUAGUCAUCUAAGAGGGAAGAAGCACAUGAGCAGGGUGCACAGACAGCAGGAUGGCGGUGGGCCCAUCUCAUCUGAUCAGGUGGUGGGGACUCAUGAGGGGAUGGAGGAGAAUGUGGACGGGGAGGAAAUUAGGAUGGUGAAGGUGGACCAGCAUAGCAAUGGAGUCCGUGUCUCUCAAAUGUCAGAGGUAUUGGCCGAGGUUGAAUCAGCCAGUGUGCCGUGCUAGCAUGUGUGGUGCUGUCUGUAGUGCAUCAUGUACUGGAAUGAUAUGGAAAAAAAGGAUGGACGGCGUGGAUCAGAAUAGCUACAUCAAGGUGGGCCCCACGUUAAGGGCCGCACUGUUUUGGAUAAGGACGGUGUCAGACGUAAUCAGCUCUCUUGGAUGCGAGCGUUUCUCAUCGACACGUAGCUCGUGUAUUAUUGAGGUAAGGUGGAAUACAUCUGGACGCAUGCUUUACUAUACGUCGUGAAUCAGGGUCAGAUUUCAAUGAUCCAAACCGUUUAUAAGACAAUGUAUCACCUUUUACGGGGGGAAGAUAACAAUUAAA